AGAGGGCUGCAGCCCGGGCGGACGCGCGGAGCCGAGCUGGGCACGGCGGCGGCGACAGCGGCCGGGAUGAGUCAACUCAUAAUUUAAUGGGGGCAGAGACGGCAGCGAGGGGGAGAGCGAGAGAGCGAGGGAGAGCAACAGCCCCGUCCGGGGACUCGCACUCACACGCACACACACCGACGCGCGCACACACACACCUCUCCCUGUGCCACCCAGCAACAACCGGCCUCGUCACAACAACAACAGCCGCGGCCGCCCUCUAGACUGCCCGGGGACCGAGCAGAAAGCCGGGGCGACUCCAGAGGACGCUUCCCACCCCCCUCUUCCGUUUUGGGAAACUCCUCAUCAGUUUUGCUGGGGUUUCUGGGUUUCUUUGCCCCCAAGUCCUAGUGCCAUUGUGGUGCUCGUUGUUUACCUCGGACUCGGGCUGAGUGAGAGCCCGGAGACUUUUUUGGGGGGAGGGGGCGGGGAGUUAGUGGCUGCUGAGGCGGUGGAGGUGGCCGGGGGUGCCUUCCGAUUCUCUCCCCCUCCCCCGUGCCCUUCCCCCCUCCCUGCCUCCACUCGCUCGGCUCCCCUGACACUUGCAGCCCCGCGUCCAUGGGCACUGAGAGUGUCCUCGGGGCUGUUGUCAGCGAGGGCCGAGUCAAAAGUGGCAUCUUAGUGCCUUUCUGGGGCUUUUCUCGCGACCUCCUGCCCCCCACCCUCGCUGUUCCCCGGUAGAAUCCCUUGUUGAGGGCGCGAGGCUGUGGGAAGAAAGUUUAAGGUUUGUUAAUAUUAGUCGCGAUUGUUGGGGAGGGCGGCGGGGGCGAUGGGAAGGGAGGCGUAGGUGGCCUUCCCCUCGCUGCGUUCCGCGGGGUCAUUGGAGAAUAAUAUCGCAAGUGACAGCCCGAGCAGACUUUCUCUGCUCGCACCGAGAAACCCCCGCGAGCUGGGGGGAGGGGGGAGGAAAGCGAGGGGACCUUUUUCCCCUUUCUGGAGACCUUGUCCGCAGUGAUUUUUUUUCUUCUUUUCUUUUUAAGAGAAUCCUCUGUCACCACCUCGCCUCCCCAGCUCCACCACAGUCUACAGCUCAUAACGGGUUUUGCUUUGUUUUUACGAUUCUUCCCCCAACGAAUCACUUGUCAGAUCAAUUUUAUCUUCGCCCUCCUCCCUACUUCCCACUCUCCCCUCCUCCCUCAUCGAAAACCCCGUUCUCUGAGGACAGAAAACAGUCUUGAACUUCUCUUCAAGAACCCGGGCUGCAAAGGAAAUCUCCUUUGUUUUUGUUAUUUAUAUGCUGUCAAGUUUUGAAGUGGUGAUCUUUAGAGGGUAACUGAGUAUGGAUCAUUUGAACGAGGCAACUCAGGGGAAAGAACAUUCAGAAAUGUCUAACAAUGUGAGUGAUCCGAAGGGUCCACCAGCCAAGAUUGCCCGCCUGGAGCAGAACGGAAGCCCACUAGGAAGAGGAAGGCUUGGAAGUACAGGUGGAAAAAUGCAAGGAGUGCCUUUAAAACACUCGGGCCAUCUGAUGAAAACCAACCUUAGGAAAGGAACCAUGCUACCCGUUUUUUGUGUGGUGGAACAUUAUGAAAACGCCAUUGAAUAUGAUUGCAAGGAGGAGCAUGCGGAAUUUGUGUUGGUGAGAAAGGAUAUGCUUUUCAACCAGCUGAUAGAAAUGGCAUUGCUGUCUCUGGGUUAUUCGCAUAGCUCUGCUGCCCAGGCCAAAGGGCUAAUCCAGGUUGGAAAGUGGAAUCCAGUUCCACUGUCUUACGUGACGGAUGCCCCCGAUGCUACGGUAGCAGAUAUGCUUCAAGAUGUGUAUCAUGUGGUCACACUGAAAAUUCAGCUACACAGUUGCCCCAAACUCGAAGACUUGCCUCCUGAACAGUGGUCGCACACCACAGUGAGGAAUGCUCUGAAGGACUUACUGAAAGAUAUGAAUCAGAGUUCGUUGGCCAAGGAGUGCCCCCUUUCACAGAGUAUGAUUUCUUCCAUUGUGAACAGCACUUACUAUGCAAAUGUCUCAGCAGCGAAAUGUCAAGAAUUUGGAAGGUGGUACAAACAUUUCAAGAAGACAAAAGAUAUGAUGGUCGAAAUGGAUAGUCUUUCUGAACUAUCCCAGCAAGGAGCCAACCACGUCAACUUUGGCCAGCAGCCGGUCCCAGGGAACACAGCCGAGCAGCCUCCGUCCCCCGCGCAGCUCUCCCACGGCAGCCAGACCUCUGUCCGGACCCCUCUUCCGAAUCUGCACCCUGGGCUUGUGUCGACGCCCAUCAGCCCUCAAUUGGUCAACCAGCAGCUGGUGAUGGCUCAGCUGCUGAACCAGCAGUAUGCAGUGAACAGACUUUUAGCCCAGCAGUCCUUAAACCAACAAUACUUGAACCACCCUCCCCCUGUCAGUAGAUCUAUGAAUAAGCCUUUGGAGCAACAGGUUUCCACCAACACAGAGGUGUCUUCCGAAAUCUACCAGUGGGUACGUGAUGAACUGAAACGAGCAGGAAUCUCCCAGGCAGUGUUUGCACGUGUGGCUUUUAACAGAACUCAGGGCUUGCUUUCAGAAAUUCUCAGAAAGGAAGAGGACCCCAAGACUGCAUCCCAGUCUUUGCUGGUAAACCUUCGGGCUAUGCAGAAUUUCUUGCAGUUACCAGAAGCUGAAAGAGAUCGCAUUUACCAGGAUGAAAGGGAAAGGAGCUUGAACGCCGCCUCGGCCAUGGGCCCGGCCCCCCUGAUAAGCACACCGCCCAGCCGCCCUCCCCAGGUGAAAACAGCUACUAUUGCCACUGAGAGGAAUGGCAAACCAGAGAACAAUACCAUGAACAUUAAUGCUUCCAUUUAUGAUGAGAUUCAGCAGGAAAUGAAGCGCGCUAAAGUGUCCCAAGCACUGUUUGCAAAGGUUGCAGCAACCAAAAGCCAGGGGUGGUUGUGUGAGCUGUUACGUUGGAAAGAAGAUCCCUCUCCAGAAAACAGGACCUUGUGGGAGAACCUCUCCAUGAUCCGAAGAUUCCUCAGUCUUCCUCAGCCAGAACGUGAUGCCAUAUAUGAACAGGAGAGCAAUGCGGUGCAUCACCAUGGCGACAGGCCGCCCCAUAUCAUCCACGUUCCAGCAGAACAGAUUCAGCAGCAGCCCCAGCCCCAGCCGCAGCAGCCGGCCCCACCGCCCCCGCAGCCCCAGGCACAGCAGCCAGCAGGCCCCCGGCUGCCCCCGCGGCAGCCCACGGUGGCCGCGCCGGCCGAGGCUGAGGACGACAGCCGCCAGAAGACCCGGCCACGAACAAAGAUUUCCGUGGAAGCCCUCGGAAUCCUCCAGAGUUUCAUCCAAGACGUAGGCCUGUACCCGGACGAAGAGGCCAUCCAGACUCUGUCUGCCCAGCUGGACCUGCCCAAGUACACCAUCAUCAAGUUCUUUCAGAACCAGCGGUAUUAUCUCAAGCACCACGGCAAACUGAAGGACAACUCCGGCUUAGAGGUGGAUGUGGCCGAGUACAAAGAAGAGGAGUUGCUUAAGGAUUUAGAAGAGAGUGUCCAAGAUAAAAACGCUAACACCCUUUUCUCGGUGAAACUGGAAGAUGAGCUAGCAGUGGAAGGGAACACAGACGUUAACGCGGACUUGAAAGACUGAGAUAGAAAGUAUUAUUUUCAUUCAACAGUGCCACUGGUAUUUACCAACAAAAUGAAAAUCCACCUGUAUUUGCUCACAAAACCUUUGUUGUUCAUGGUUUGGCCAACGACUCUUCAGAAAGUUGCACAAACAGGAAAGUGGAGAAAGGAUAAUACAGACUGCACUAAAUAAUUUUACUCUGUUUUACAAACUGCUUGGCAGCCCCCGGUGAAGCAUUGAGGAUUGUUUGGUAUUAAAAAUUCAAAUUUGCGUUCACGGGAUGCACCGAGGUGUGUACCCCGUUAGCAUGAUACCAGUGAUUUUUUAAAAUAAUUAUUAUUAUUCUGGAGCCUCAAACAAGCAUUAUAACUUCUGUGAUUAUCAUUUCCUUCCUUUAAUUAUUUCUGUAACACUCCACACUGAUCUUUGGAAACUUGCCCCUUAUUUUAAAAAGAAAAAAAAAAAGAGUUUGUUACUCUAUUGUAUGUUACAAAAGAACUAUAGACUGUGGAAUGCAGUUUAAAGAUGACAUAUGCCAACAAAUGCCUUGUAGUAUAUGGCACUGCCGUAAUUCAAAUUUGUGUUUAUUUUAGAAAUAAAAGUUCACUGUCAUUUUUUUUCAUUCUCAUUGUUACAUGAUUUUUUUUUAAAAAAUGAAAAAAAUGUGAAACACAAUUUAGUCCUCAUUAUUUAUUUGUAGAUCCUGCAGCAUCCUGUUGUAAUUAAUUUUUUGGAAGUUUCCGUUAAAUGUAAUAUUGCUUCUCUUGUUACCAUACUGAUUCUUUUCUAUUUAUAAAUGUAUUUUGAUGGGCAGUAAAACAAAGUGUCUUAAAAGUUUUAAAUAGAGAAAAUGUGCUUUACACAGUUGCCUAUAAAAAGUGCUCUAUGUUAUCCAAGCAAUUCAUACUAUAAGCUUCACUCUUAUUGUUGUAUGCAAUUUUUACUAUCAUGCAAAUAAGCUUAGGUAAAUAAAACUAAUAGAUCACCUUAGAAGAUUAUGCAAUUAAUGUGAAAAUAAUUGAUGUUUGCAAUGUGUCUUCCUUUGGUUUACAAUCAAUUUUAAAGCUACAUCUGUAUAAAAUUUCUGUAUAAAGGUGUAUUUCUUUUUUUUUAUGAGUUCAUGGCUAUGAAAACACCAGCUAUUUUGUUGCAGCUGGCUGUUUUUAUAAGUGUACCACAAUUUUCUUUAUGCAGAAAUGUUCUGAUUAGGAGUGGUUAUUGACUGUAACUACGCAAUUAAAAUUGUUUGUAUGGUAUGACAUGGUAGGGUUUGUCUGCUUAUGUGAAGUCACCUUCAAGAGUCCAAGACGGCCCUCCCAGUUAGGUGCAUGGUACUACCUUCUUGAUAUUUCACUGAUUUUAUAAAAGGCAAUUGAAAAGUCACUCACUAAAUUCAAGUCACAAACACAUGCUCAUUUUUUAAGUGUAACUAGGGAAGAGGCUAAACUAUUUUAGGUUAACAUUUUGCUUAAUAAACAGAUAGCAGGAUGGUCUAAAGACUCGCCAAAAAAAAACAACAAACCAUAAAUCCAGUCUCUGGCAGUUAUGUACUGAGGAUGGAUUCAUCUGCAUUUACUUCACAAUACUUCAGUUAUGGCAACACUUUUUUAAAGCUCUAACGCACAGAUAUUUUUAAAGGCCACUAAUAGUAACAUUAAAAUAAGCAUGGAAAAAUGGACCCUCUGUAUAAAAACUCCUUAAUAAGCAGUGUAUUUUUCUAAAGUUAUAAAUGGAGUAUAAGUUAACUCAUUUGGUUGUGUAUGUCAUAACUAUAAGAACCACAUGAAGAAAACAAGAAUAACACACCUGGAAUUUAAACACAGUUUUCAAGAUAGAAAAUUAGUUGUGCUAAUGGUCAUAGGAUUGAGGCCAGGGUUGCAGUUUUUGAUAUUUUUUAUAAUUACUUUAUAUUUUGCUUCCUGUUUUGAAAGGGUUCCUAGAUGUUGGUUAAUAGGUGUGUCUGGGUUCCUUAAAACCUGGUUCUGAAACGGCCCCUUCUUCUCCAGCCAUCGCCCUGGGCCCUGAUAAGCUUGUGGGCAGGCAACUGGGCUGCUUUAGUGCUGAACUUUUACGUAGGAAGCUGAAAUGGUAUCAUUGAAAACUCCCCAUUCACUUUUAAAAAGUACUGUUUACUUUUGAAGUGCGGCUGAACUACUCUGAAAGCAGCUGGCUUCCUGCAAACUUAAAAAUUGAAAAAGUUUUUAAUUUACUUAAGUGAGAAAACUUUUAAACAUUCUUGUUCACGAGACUUGAGAAAAGCAUUUGAAUAAAAGGAGCUUGAAUUAAAAUAGAGGUUAGAUUUCAUGUAUUAAAAAACAAAUAGAAACUAGUAUGCCAUGAAGUUUUUAAGAAAACUAUCUUCCUCUUUCUCUUCUCUGAGUUUAAGGAAAAACAUAGAGCAGAGAGAAUAUUUUCUUAACUAGCCCAACACUUAAGGUGUCAGAGGUAUGAAAUUUAAUAUUUUAAUGGGAGGAAAGAAUGGGUUGCAAAAUAAGAUUUUCCCAUUCCCAAUAAUCUAACUUUUGAAAUGACAUUCUCAGUGAAUUGGUGAGUGUGUAUAAGAAAUCAACAAUAUUAACAAAAUUCUUACUUAGGUCCUUUAACUUAAGCACCAUAAUUUUGCUAAUAUGGUAUAUUAAACCAAAAAAAAAAAAAGCACAUGACAGUAAACAGUGAUGAGUAGUGUGUAAAACUGUUUUCAGGAAAGAUGGCACAUUUUCGAAAAGAUCUGUCUGGGUGACCUUCCACAUGGCUCCUCCCAUGUCAUUACUGUGCGUAGCAGUCCUCUUGUUGCCCAUGGAACAAGCUUCAUUGUGUCCAAGUUUAUCAGAGACUUUUUAAAAGCGGGGCAUGGUAGAGCGCUUCGUGCUGUUAAGACCUUAGCAGAGUCAGGUAGUUUACGGGUAAUAUUCAACCUUGUACAUCUGAAUCUGUCAUGGAUUCCUUCCCUCAGCACUUUGCCACUAAUUUGUAUUACACUCUGUGGCCAUAUAAUACUUGCACAUUAUGCAAAAAAUAAUGUUGAUAGUAUCUCCUUGGCACAAAAUAUGCAGAGUUGACACAUAACCUUUGAAAACCAAGGUAACUAAUAUGUGUAUGUGCCCUAGUUGUGUGGCGCUUGGUUACAAAGUCUGUACAUAUUGUAUAUAAAAUGUGUAUAGAUGAACAUUUAGUCCUAAUGAGCUUAAACAAAGUGUUUUUUUCCAAGUAGUGAUUAUCUGUAUCUGUGCUUAUCUAAAAUAUAUAGCUUGAGUAGAAAACAUUUUCAGAUGGUUCAAGAUCGAGUAAAAAAUGACAAUCCCAUACAUUCCAUUAUUAAAUUCUGCCCUAGUCCCUGUUGUGAUCAGCUGAUAUUAAGGUCUUUGAUUGUCACAAUAAUACCAAGAAAUGAGGUAUUCUGAACUGCCUGGUAAUAUUUUCAGAAAAGAGCAAUCAAAAUGUAUAUACCCUAUUAAAUAGCCUAUAGAAAUAGGACUAUUGUGUUAAAACAAGCCAGAAAUUUGCAUGAUAGUGUGGAAACCAAUGGAGUUCCAAAAAUAUUAAUUAUAUCUAAAAUAUGAGAAGAUAUUGAUGCUAUAAUUUAUAAAUAAAUAUUUUUUACUUUUUAAGGGGGUAUAUUAUGAAUUCGGUGUUUCUUCUGAGGCAAUCCUUUCAAUGUAAAUACUACUUGCAUGUCCUUUGACAAAGGCCAAGCUACAAUCUAUUAGCAUACACGUUUUUGAUAAAAUAUAAAGUACCCUUAUUAAAGAAAUGUGGAAGGUGUAUGUCCAUAAUACUA